GAACGAAAGAAAAACCAAACAAAACCAUAAUAAAAAGUUAAAACAUCUCCUCUUUUAGUUCCUCCAUCGCCGGAGAAUGAACAAUCCGGCUACGCUAACUUCCCCGUCGAUGAACAAUGCCCGUCUCUCUGACCACCGCCGCCACGUGUUCCACGAAAACCCUUACCUCGAAACCCUCACUCCCUUAGCCUAGAAGAAACCAGUACACACAAUUUCUCUCUUUUUUGCCCCUUCUAACCUUUCUUCCCGUUUCAUUUAAGAACAUGCCAAAUUCGUGAGUUAUUGACUGGUGUAGGAUCGAUGAAUGUGUGUUGACUGGGUUCCCAUUUUGACUUGUAACCGUGAUGUGUCAGUGAAAUUUGAAGCUCUGAGAAAUUAGCAUAACAAAGAGAGAUAGAAAGAGAGAGAGAGAGAGAGGUCAUAGGCAUGGCACCUUUGAAGAUCCAACCAAUUGCGAUCGACAUCGAAUCAGAGAGAGUGAAGGAAGCGGUGGUGGUUCGGAACGAGUCGGUGCUAAAAUCACGCUUGAGAAGAUUGUUCGUGUUCGAUCGGCAGUUACAGAGGAACAACAAGGAUGGAGAGUUCGAGCCGAGCUCGGUUUGCUUGGCCAAAAUGGUGCAGAAUUUCAUGGAGGAGCAACCACAGCCUCCGAAAUGCGGUCGCAACCGCUGCAACUGCUUCAACGCCAACAGCUCCGACGAGGACGAUUGCGACCUCUUCGGAGCUCAACCUUCCGCCGGAAACGGAACCGAAUCAUCGUCCAUCACCGACGCUACCGAAACGCUGAAGAGCUUGAUUCUUUGCGCGAGCGUCGGCGAGAGGAACCUGUUAGCUGACGUGGCGAGGAUCGUUGAGAAAAACGGCAAGUCGUACAAGCGAAAAGAUGAUUUUAGAAAGGUCGUAGCCGAUGGCCUUUCGUCCCUCGGCUACGAUUCCUCCGUUUGCAAAUCCAAAUGGGAUAAAACCUCUUCUUGCCCUGCCGGGGAAUAUGAAUUCAUCGAUGUGAUUGUGGAAGAGGAAAGGUUGAUCGUUGAUGUGGAUUUUCGAUCGGAGUUUGAGAUUGCGAGAUCGACGGGGACGUACAAGGCGAUACUUCAAUCGCUGCCGUUCAUCUUCGUCGGAAGAUCGGAGAGGUUAGGGCAAAUCGUAUCGAUCGUGUCGGAGGCGGCGAAGCAGAGUUUGAAGAAAAAAGGGAUGCACGUUCCGCCAUGGAGGAAGCGCGAUUACAUGCUCGCUAAGUGGCUCUCUCCCUCUGCUGUUAGGGCAAAGCAACCCCCGUCCUCCUCCGUCCAUGUCGCCGCCGUGCCGGAAACAAAGUCCUCCAAUGGGGACGCGGCGUUGACGGAGGGCGGUUGUGGUGAGUUGGAACUGAUUUUCGGCGAGAAAACGUCGCCGCAGGAGCUGGAGGGUUAUUUCGUUGGAGAGAAGGCAGAGUCAGCGGUGAUGGCCCCGGCAUGGCAACCCCCGGCGGUGAAGCCGAAGAGCAUUGAAAGAGGAGCUAAGGUGGUGACCGGAUUGGCCUCUCUCCUCAAGGACAAGGCCUAGAACAAAUUUUUGUUUUUUUUUUAAUUUAAAUUAAAAAUUUAAAAUAUAAGAGAAAAUUUCGGAUAAGGCUCUGUUUUUUUUUUUUUAAUUUGCUUUCCCUUCUUUUGUUUUUUUGUUGGCAAGGGGAACUUUGUAAGAAGCAACUUUUUCUUUUUCUUUUGUUUUUGGGUUACAAUGUAACUGUAAGAAGCUACUAUAUUCUCUGUAAUAAAAUAAAAUAGUUGAAAUUCAGAAAUAUCUAAAGUUGAGAAAAACUGAAAAAACACCUGAGGAUGCAUGCAUGGCGCCGAGAGAUUCUUUUGCUUCGAUUUCCCAAAUGUCAGUACACUGCUUCUGCCAUGAUCAGGAUUUUCUUUAUUUUUCUUUUUGGUUUUGAAUAGUAAUUACUUUUUAUUUUACUUUUUUUCGGGAGAGUGGUUUGUUUCAUGAUUGAGAAAGUGCAGAGAGGAGUUAACUUACACCCUAGAACUUUCAACUUAAGAAUUUUCUUUUGGUGUAGAGUUACAACUUACAACGCUAUGGUCCCUUUGUAAGGAGACAAAGGAGGAUGAAACUUUUCUUUCUUAAAUAUUCUCAUCUUUUCAUGAAUGCCAGAUUAGUA